CAAGAAGGUCGGCCGCAUCGUCAUUCCAUCAUCAUCGUAAGCAAAAAUGGCGACUUCCAGCGAUAUGCUGCCUCCAUCGGAGGUAGCGGCCGGCGGCUACGAUCAGGAUAGGAGGCAGCGGCUUCAAGGCCACGUUUUAACGCCGGAAGAAGUAAAGGCCUUUCAAGAAUGCAGCAAUGAAAGCUUCAAGUACCGUGCCUUGCCACUAGGACUGCUUGCCUCUUUCGGAGCCCAGUAUGCCAUCAAAGUUGGUUACCUCGCACCACACCCCAAGUACGGCCCCUACUUAAAGAUGUUCGGCGCUGGGUUUGUAGGGUGGUUGGUGGGCAAAAUUUCGUACCGCCGGCAAUGUGAGGAGAAGCUGAUGAAGCUUCCGAACAGUCCUAUUGGAGAAGCCCUGCGACGAAAGUAUGGCAUCUCUUCUCCUGAUGCGGUCAUGGGAAGCCAGUCUGGGGAUUAUGCCUCACUUUCUGGUCAAGACAGAUCAGGAGACCUUGGCUCACAGAGCCUGGACCUGCGCAGUUACAAUGCACCUCAAGGACUUGAUGACAGCCAGAGGCCAUCCAUGGACAACCCAGUUAUCGCUGAGGUGCCAGAGAACCUCCCGCCAGCUAAGUACUCGACGACAUACGAAGAGCUGCGUCGACGAAAUCGCGAGGAGUACGAGAGGCGCCUUUCGGCACCGCCGCCGCCAUCGCAGCUACCACCGCCGGCUUUGUCGCAGCAGCCUCCACUCGCUCCUUCACAGCCUCCAUCUCAACCCUUCGAUGAAAGGACGCAGAGGAGCUAUCCUACAAGAAUCCCCAGCUCAACGCCAUCGGGCGGUAGCACAGGCAAGAAGAACAAGUACGGGGACACUUGGGAAGAUUAGAAAUCUUAUUACCUUCUAGGAAACACUUGUAUUCAGAGCAAGAGGAGGGGCAUGUAGAGUCCCCUGCAAGACAUUGCGGUUUAGGAUGAAUCAAAUUAAAUAUGUAAUGUACUGAC